AUGCCACUACAAGGGACCCACACCACCAUCACAAGGAUACAUAACCACGUCACUACGGGAGGGAUCCCACCAUCACUACAAGAGACCUCACCACCUGCCACUACACGAUACAUAACCACGUCACUACAGGAGACAUCCUCACCAUCACCAAGAGACCUCACCACCUCACUACACAAGAGACCUCACCACCACAGACCUCACCACCAUCACUACUACAUAACCAACCACGUCACUACAGGGACAUCGUCACCAUCACUACAAGAGACCUCACCCACCAUCACUACACGAUACAUAACCACGUCACUACAGGGAGACCGUCACCAUCACUACAAGAGACCCCACCACCUCACUACAGGGAGACAUAACCACGUCACUACAGAGACAUCCCACCAUCACUACAAGAGACCUCACCACUGCCACUACAAGAGACUGCACCACGUCACUACAGGAGACAUCAUCACCAUCACUACAAGAGACCUCACCACCAUCACUACACGAGACAUAACCACGUCACUACAGGAGACAUCGUCACCAUGCCACUACAAGAGACCCCACCACCUGCCACUACACGAGACCCAUAACCACGUCACUACAAGAGACCAGCCACCAUCACUACAAGAGCACCACUGCCACUACAGAGACCCACCAUCUGUCACUACAGGAGACAUCAUCACCAUCACCACAAGAGACCCACCACAUCACUACACACACCAUCUGCCACUACAAGAGACCCCGUCACCAUGCCACUACAAGAGACCCCACCCCUGCCACUACAUGGGACUCAUCACCACCUCACUACAGAGACACACCCAUCAUCACCACCAUGCCACUACAAGAGACCCUCACCACUCCUGCCACUACAAGAGACCCCACUACAGGAGUGACCCGAUAUCACCACCUGAGACUAGGACCCCACGUCACCACAGGGGACCCUACCACCCUGCCACUACAAGAGACCCCCCACCACCUGCCACUACAAGGGAUCCCACCACCUGCCACUACAAGAGACCCCACCAUCUGCCACUAAAAGGGACCCCCACCUGCCUGCAUCCCAUCCCUACUUAA